UUUGAGUCAUCCAUGUUGGAGAGGAGAAAAAGAACAAAGUAUCGAUUGUGCAGCAGCCAGCAGUGAUUUGUGAACGUAUGGUCCACGGGGCACGGAUCUUUGGGAGCCCUGGAAACGGCAAUAGGUCUGAGCUGUGCUGCGCGAAGGGCAAGGCCACCACCAUCCGUGGGAGCCAGGGAAUACGAUCCCCGCAACCUCUGUCCAGCUUCGGGCUCUGGGGCACGACCGUCCUACUACGCCUCGCUCGCUCGCUGAAUUAACCCAGUGCAACAUCUAGUAGUCAGUGCUGCAACGAAAUAUCUGGACAAUUUAUCCGCUUUAGGACCGCGCCAAGUAGGCUUCCGGACGGAGGAAUCUCAGUGGAUGGUUUUGGAUUGACGCCUUCAGUGUAAACUAUUCGUCAUGUCGGCCGGACCGUACAACUAUUCGUACAUUUUCAAGUACAUCAUUAUCGGCGACAUGGGCGUCGGUAAAAGUUGCCUGUUGCACCAGUUCACCGAAAAGAAAUUUAUGGCUAGCUGCCCGCACACGAUCGGAGUCGAGUUUGGGACGCGCAUCAUCGAGGUGGAUAAGCAAAAAAUCAAACUACAAAUAUGGGACACUGCCGGCCAGGAGCGGUUCCGUGCGGUGACACGCUCCUACUACCGUGGUGCGGCCGGGGCCCUGAUGGUGUACGACAUAACGCGACGGUCAACGUACAACCAUCUGUCCAGCUGGCUCACGGAUACACGCAAUCUAACGAAUCCCAGUACUGUGAUAUUUUUGAUCGGCAACAAAUCCGACCUCGAGAGUACCCGCGAGGUGACGUACGAGGAGGCGAAAAGUUUCGCCGACGAACACGGUCUACUGUUUGCGGAGGCCAGUGCCAUGACUGGCCAAAAUGUGGAGGAAGCGUUUCUGGAAACGGCAAGGAAGAUCUACCAAAGCAUCAAGGAUGGGCGGCUCGAUCUGAACUCGUCGGAAACGGGCGUCCAGCAUAAGCCGGCCCAGCCGGGCCGGACGACGCUCAGCAACGACACGCAGACCAACAAGGAGAACUGUUCGUGCUAGACUCUCGUCUGGGUCGAACGCACCGAGGUGGCUGUUUUGGUUUUUGGCAGCAACAACUCGAUUGCGUACGCGCGUGUCCGUGCAAUGCGCGUUGCAACAGGUAAGGUAAACCGGCGGGACGCUGUCUGCGGUCGAGCAGCACGCGCAGCGAUAGGCUUUGUCAUGCCAAAUGUUCCCAAAUAAUUCUCUUCACCGCCGCCGAGGGUUACGCCGCCGACGUGUGCCGGUAAACUGUAUUUAAUGAACUAUGACCGCCGAUGUUCAUAACAUGUUCUAUUGAUAUUCCAUUCGGAGAGUGUCCUUUUCCGUUUCGUCACUACUUAUUUUCGUGAAGACAAAUUUCUUUAAUGUGUCAUGUCAGCACGAUACGCAGCCAGCCUGCAGGGGCCUCCGAAGCGAUCCGAACGAUAUUGACUCUGGCCGGAGCGGUUCCAUACACUUUCAUCAAGAGAAUCAAUAAGUUGUUGCCUUUUUUAUUGUACUGCAGGUGGGCUGUAGCAAUCCCCUAUUCAUCUAACCGCACGAACAAUGCGUAAGAACCCCUGAUGUACACGGCCACGGCUUGAUCGUACAUGACAACCCCCACUUUGAUCACGAAUUUGGUUGAUCCCUGGGUCUGGGUCUGCACGACGCACUACGCAGGGUGCUGUGUCACGCAUACAUUUCCAAACAAGCAAAACGGUGAUAGCGAGACCCCUGGGAGAGAGAGGGUCAACAGAUGGAUACACACGGUUAGGAUGGACACGGAGAUCGCAUCACCAGAAAACAGAAACUAAAAUCACACAUAUAUCGUCCGUUUCAGUCAGUAUCAGUAACAGAUUGGGUGGAAAAUCUCGAACUUUUUCAGUACAAAAAUAAUAAAAAGAAAAGGCAUCACGUGAGUCCCCAAACAACCGACCCACAUGGUCACCUCUAACGCCGCUAUAGGCUAUACAUUAGUUAAUACUUCCACGGUCCGCGCACGUUUGGCCAGCUGUGGGUGUAGUUUAAAAAGGGCGCAUUUCACUGGCACGCCGGCCGUUUGUUUUCGUUUUUGUUGUUUUUCAAAUGUUACCAAGUUUUAAAAGAGACAACUAGUGUGUGUGGGAGAAAGUGUAAACAAAUGAACAAAAAAAACAACCCUUCUAAAGGCAUUGUAAGGCGCCGCGCCCCAGACGCAAGCAAGAAACGGGAUCCCCCCAUAAUAUGUGUACUAGCAUUAAAAUUAGCGGUCUUCUUAUUCCAGUUUUACUGUCACAUAAUAUAUAUACACACACACACACAUAUUAUUGCGUGCUCGGUAGGAGCAGAAGCGGUAUUUAGACUUGUGGCAGAGGUGGCCCGCUAAUGGAUAACCAAUACACACCAUCAUCGUCAAGCUCGAUUCCAAUCCUUCGGUAGCGGGCGUGUGACCGACGAUGGCGCCGUUGCGGGCGCCGCAACAAAUCAUCUGAACGAAAUAAUAGAUCUCUAUCGAAACAGCACUUUCCGGAGGCAUUCCGGGUGGGCGAAAGGUUUAAACAGAUAUUUAAUAAAAAGAAUCUAGCGAGCCAGAAUGGGAGCCUUACUCGAUCCCGACAGGAGCAACCGAAACCGAAGUGCCGCACGAGGCCGCAUCCGCUGGGAACACAAUCCAUGAGUUGGGUUUUCGGAUGUCAGGUAAAGAGGUAGAGAGAGAGAGAGAGAGAGAUUUCAAAUACCCGCGAUGCUGUUUUGGGUCUGGAAACGUUCUCCUGGUUUAUUGCGUAAUUCUUCUUGUGCAC